AUGACAGACCUGCGCGUCCAGAGCCUCCGGCAGCCCAUUGCCGUCGCCGAGUACCUCUUCCGCCGCCUGCACCAGGUCGGCGUCCGCUCCGUCCACGGCCUGCCCGGCGACUACAACCUCGUCGCCCUCGACUACCUGCCCGGCUGCGGCCUGCGCUGGGUGGGCAGCGUCAACGAGCUCAAUGCCGCCUACGCCGCCGACGGCUAUGCCCGCGUAAACAACCGCAUGGCCGCCCUCAUCACCACCUUUGGCGUCGGUGAGCUCUCGGCCAUCAAUGGCGUCGCCGGCGCCUUUUCCGAGCACAUCCCCAUCGUCCACAUCGUCGGCUGCCCCUCCACCAUCUCUCAGCGCAACGGCAUGCUUCUGCACCACACCCUCGGCAACGGCGACUUCAACGUCUUCGCCAACAUGAGCGCAAACAUCUCAUGCAACGUCGCCCGCCUCACCAACCCCUCCGACAUCGCCGCCCAGAUCGACCAGGCACUGCGCGAGUGCUGGGUUCACUCCCGACCCGUCUACGUCAUGCUGCCCACAGACAUGAUCGAGGCCAAGGUCGAGGGCGAGAGGCUCCAGACCCCCAUCGACCUGACCGAGCCCGCCAACGAGCCCGAGCGCGAGGACUACGUUGUCGACGUCGUCCUCAAGUACCUCCACGCCGCCGAGCGCCCCGUCAUCCUCGUCGAUGCCUGCGCCAUCCGCCACCGCGUCCUCCAGGAGGUGCACGACCUCAUCGAGAAGACGAACCUUCCCGUCUUCGUCACCCCCAUGGGCAAGAGCGCCGUCAACGAGCAGCACCCCAACUACGGCGGCGUCUACGCCGGAGAGGGCUCCAACCCCGAAGUCAAGAAGACGCUCGAGGCCUCGGACCUCAUUCUCAGCAUUGGCGCGCUCAAGAGCGACUUCAACACGGCCGGCUUCUCCUACCGGACGUCGCAGAUGCAGACAAUUGACUUCCACAGCGACCACUGCAUCGUCCGCUACUCGACGUACCCGGGCGUUCGCAUGAAGGGCGUCCUGCGCAAAGUCAUCGACCGCCUCGACGUGAAGCAGCUCUCCGUGCAGCCGUCCCCCAAGGUGGACAAUGAGGUCCGCAAGAACGUCGACAAGACCGACGUCAUCUCGCAGGCCUGGUUCUGGCCUCGCGUCGGCGAGUUCCUUGCCGAGAACGACAUCGUCGUCACGGAAACCGGCACCGCCAACUUCGGCAUCUGGGACACCAAGUUCCCCAAGGGCGUCACGGCGCUCAGCCAGGUUCUUUGGGGCAGCAUUGGCUGGUCCGUCGGAGCCUGCCAGGGUGCCGCUCUCGCCGCGCAGGAUAUGGGCGCCAAGCGCCGAACCGUCCUCUUUGUGGGUGACGGCUCCUUCCAGCUCACGGCCCAGGAGCUAAGCACCAUGAUCCGUCACGGACUGAAACCUUUCCUGUUCAUUCUUUGCAACGAGGGAUACACCAUCGAGCGUUUCAUCCACGGCAUGGAGGCCGAGUACAACGACAUCCAGACCUGGGACCACCAGGCCCUCGUCGACGUCUUUGGCGGGGCCAAGACGUCCAAGAAGUUCGCCGUUCGGACGAAGGAUGAGCUGAACAAGCUGCUCACCAACGCCGAGUUCAACGCCGGCAAUUGCCUGCAGCUCAUUGAGGUGCACAUGCCCAAGGAGGAUGCGCCCCGGGCCCUGAUCAUGACGGCCGAGGCGAGCGCGAGGAACAACGCGAAGACGGCAUAG